AUGAAUAUCAACAAAAAAACCAUCAAUAAAAACUUGAUCAAACUCAAUAGCGUUGUUGAGCGCCGAUUGAGGAAGUUUUUGCUGGGUCCAAAGAAGGGAGAAACAUUUGAACUUCGAAAUGGAUUGGUGUCCCAAUACAAACAUGAACGUAAAGAUGCCAUUCAACGGGUUAUUCAAGCAAUGACAGUGGGCAAGGAUGUGUCUUCGUUGUUCCCCGACGUGUUAAAAAACAUUGCUACUUACGAUUUGGAACAAAAAAAGUUGGUUUAUUUGUAUUUGAUGAACUAUGCAAAGACCAACCCUGAAUUAUGUAUAUUAGCUGUCAACACAUUUGUACAAGAUACUGAAGAUCCAAAUCCGUUGAUUAGGGCCCUAGCUAUUAGAACUAUGGGUUGUGUGAGGGUUAGUAAAAUGGUUGACUACAUGGAAAUACCAUUGACAAGAACUUUGAAAGAUGACAAUCCAUACGUUAGAAAGACUGCAGCAAUUUGUGUCGCCAAGUUGUUUGAUUUGAAUCCAAAUGUUUGUGUUGAAUUGGGAUUUUUGGAUGACUUGCAGAACUUGCUCAAAGACCCAAAUCCCAUGGUUGUGGCCAAUUCGAUCAAUGCGUUGCAUGAAAUCAGAGAUAUGAAUGAAGACCCAAACUUGACUGUUUUGGAAAUAAAUGCCGAAGUGAUUAAAAAUUUAUUGUUGUGUUUAAACGAGUGUACCGAAUGGGGUAGAAUUACAAUUUUGACGACAUUAUCUGAAUACAACACUCGUGGUAAAGUUGAAGAAGCAAAUCAUAUCAUUGAAAGAGUUAUACCACAAUUGCAACAUGCAAACCCAUCAGUUGUUUUGAGUUCCAUAAGAGCAAUCAUUUGCCAUGUGGAGAAUAUACCUGUAACUGCUCAAAGACAAUCGAUUUUGAGGAAACUAUCGGCUCCCUUAGUGUCAUUGGUUAGCUCUUCCAUACCUGAAGCUCAAUACGUGGGGUUGAAAAAUAUCAGAAUUAUCCUAGAAAAUUAUCCUCACAUAUUAUCCAAAGAGUUGAGAGUUUUCUUUAUCAAAUACUCUGAUCCUUUGUACUUGAAGUUGGAAAAGUUGGAUAUUAUGAUUAGAUUGGCCAAUGAAAGCAAUUCAGAUUUGUUACUAGGAGAAUUGAGAGAGUAUGCAAUGGAAUUUGAGCCUGCUUUGGUGACAAAAGCAAUCAAAUCGAUUGGAGCUGUUGCCAUCCAGUUGAGUGGGUCAGUCAUCAAAGCGGUCAAUCUUUUGAAUGAUAUCAUUGACCAAAGAGGUGGUGAAUUGAUCAUUAAUGAGUCAACUAUUGAAUUGACAAAUAUACUAAGAAGAUACCCAGGCAAGAGUGAUCUUGCGUCUUUGAUCAUACCAAUCAUUUCUAAUCACACUACCGAGUUGGAUAAACCAGAAGCAUUGGCUGAUUACGUGUGGGUCUUGGGUGAAUUUCCCAAGUAUUUUUCCAAUUUACAUGAAAAACUUGAAUCCUUGGUCAAGGGGUUUUUGGAGUUUGAUACACUUUUACAGUUGAACAUCUUGACAACAAUUGUUAAAAUCAAUGCAUCGAUUCCUGGCAACAAAAAAUAUUCAUCUUUGCUUCAACAGAUUUUGGAACUCGCCACAAAGGAAUGUGAGAAUGCCGACGUUAGGGACAAGGCAUACAUCUACUGGCGAUUGUUGUCAUCUUCGACGAGUGACUCUUUACAAAAGAAGAUUAUUUUGGCCAAAUUGCCCCCAAUUGAGUCGACAAUUUCUACAUUCAGUCCUCAUUUAUUAGAGCAAUUGCUUAAAGAAUUGUCAACCCUAAGUUCAGUUUAUCAUAAACCAGCCAAGACAUUUAUUGAUCCAUCAGCCUAUUCAAGAGCUCCUAUUGGGUCUAAUGAGGAAAAUGUGGAAAGUUUGAAAAAUUUGGCCAAGCAAGAAAUUAUUGAUAACUCACGUAAUGAAGAUCUUUUGAAUUUUGAUGACGAUGAUGAAGAUGAAGCUAAUGGUCUUUCUGUAUCUAAUGGAGAUGGCAAAGAUAACUCUUCUGGUGUUGGUGACCUUCUUAGUGAAUUGAAUGAUUUGUUUACACCAACGCCAAGCAAGAGCAGUCAACAAACACAUUCAACCACAAAUACCGAUAUUCUUGAACUUUUCAAUUCGACCCCGCAAAAUAGUGCAAACACCGUCACUAAUGGUAUUGAGAAUUUACAUGUUGGUUCAACAUCAACUACAAAGGAAAACAAGGGAGUAAAUAAUGAUUUAUUAGAUUUAUUUUAA